AUAUUAAAAGGUUUCAAAUGUAUAAGUUUUUCUAUUAUUUACAUAAGAUUUAGUAAAUAAUGUUCGACCUAAUAAGGUGAGGAUCAAUGAAGUAUGCUUUUAUUGUUUGCUUAGAUACAUUUCAUGGCUGUAUGUGACAUUUAUAAAACUUGCAAUGUGAGGUUUACAGCUCAGGAGUCGUGUUGAUAAUGAACACAGUUCCUGCAAAACUUCCAAUAAAUCAGAAGAGAAUGGAAUUGAAGGAAUCGUUGAAUUUUGUGGUCGACGUUAAGAACUGGUGACUCUCUUCUUUCGGAAUCUGGAGGGAGGACCAGGAUGGUAUGGUCAGGAUCAAGGCCAAGGAAAUCCAGCUACGAGAGAGAGAAACCUCUUCAAAGGGAGAUGACCGAAGCCGAGAGGAGUAUCAGGAUGAAGCCCGUGCCCAGGACCUCUGUCGCUAGAAACGACUUGAAACCUAGAGCACCGCCGAUCAAGAAACCUCUAACCAGCUCGCAAUCAGCGGCCGCAUUAGCGCCGCACGCGGUCGUCAACGCGGAAGGACUGUACGAGAUCGGGCCGCGCUCCUACCGCGCGCUCAAGGCCGAGCUGGAGCACCUCAUGUUCACGGUAACAUCACCAUCAUCAUCAUCAUCAUCAUCAUCACCACCCGCUCUAGCCAGCCAACUCGGAAGGACUGUAUGAGAUCGGGCCGCGCUCCUACCGCGCGCUCAAGGCCGAGCUGGAGCACCUCAUGUUCACGGUAACAUCACCAUCAUCAUCAUCAUCAUCAUCAUCAUCAUCACCCGCUCUAGCCAGCCAACGCGGAGGGACUGUACGAGAUCGGGCCGCGCUCCUACCGCGCGCUCAAGGCCGAGCUGGAGCACCUCAUGUUCACGGUAACAUCACCAGCACAUCACCAUCAUCAUCAUCAUCAUCACCCGCUCUAGCCAGCCAACUCGGAGGGACUGUACGAGAUCGGGCCGCGCUCCUACCGCGCGCUCAAGGCCGAGCUGGAGCACCUCAUGUUCACGGUAACAUCACCAUCAUCAUCAUCAUCAUCAUCAUCAUCAUCAUCAUCAUCACCCGCUCUCGCCAGCCAACGCGGAAGGACUGUACGAGAUCGGGCCGCGCUCCUACCGCGCGCUCAAGGCCGAGCUGGAGCACCUCAUGUUCACGGUAACAUCACCAUCAUCAUCAUCAUCAUCAUCAUCAUCAUCAUCACCCGCUCUAGCCAGCCAACUCGGAAGGACUGUACGAGAUCGGGCCGCGCUCCUACCGCGCGCUCAAGGCCGAGCUGGAGCACCUCAUG